AAGAAAUACAAAAGGAAAUAACUAAAAUAGCAAAGGACGAAAGAAGCAAAGGUAAGCAAACGAAAAUCGGCUACAAGAAAUUAAUAGUGAAUGGCAAAAUCUAGAUAUGGGACGAAGAGAGAGAACAGCUGAUAGAAAAUUCAAAAAACUAAUAAACGAAGAACAGCGGCUGAAAUAUGAUAUUGCCAUGGCAAAAAAAGACUCGGAAAUGCAAACGGUUAAUGAAAACAAAAUAACGCACACAAAAUAAAGAAAGAAUCUCAAUAAGAAGAAAAGAACAAAACCCAUUAGAAUGGGCUCUUGGAAUAUUAGAACCAUGCUGGCAGCAGGUAAGAUGCAAGAAAUAGCUCUUGAAAUGAAAAAAUACCAACUAGAAAUCCUAGCCCUACAGGAAAUACGAUGGAAGAAAGAAGGAAAAAUUGAGAAGAAAAACUUUAGCAUGCAUUAUUCGGGAGAAAACAAACAGGGAACGAAUGGUACGGCAUUUAUGGUGAACAAAAAAAUGAGGGAAAAUCUGAUACAAUUCAAAGCAGUUAAUGAAAGGAUAUCUUACAUAAGAAAAUAAACAAGCCAACAUCUCGAUAGUCAAUUGCUAUGCACCCACCGAAGAAGCAAACCAAGAAGAUAAAGCAGAAUUCUACGACAUCCUGGAAGAAACCUGUGAAAUAUUCCGAGGAAUGACAUUAAUAAUAUUGGGUGAUUUCAAUGCAAAGAUCGGAAAGGAGGACUAUAAUCGUAAUGUAGCUGGCAAAGAAACCAUUCAUGAAACUACGAAUGAUAAUGGAGGAGAAAUCUGCAACCUAGCAGCAGCAACAAAUACAUAUAUAGUUAGUACUGGGCAUAAACAUAAAAAAGAACACAAAAUAACAUGGAUGAUACCAGGAAGAAUGGAUGGAAACCAAAUAAAUCAUACUCUAAUUUCGAAAAAGUGGACACAAAUAGUACAAGAAGUAAGGUCAUAUAGAGGGGCAAAUGAAGGCACUGACCACAUAUUGUUGAUAGCAAAACUUAAGAUGAAAAUAAUCAAAGCAAAUAAUCAUAAGGAAGGAAAAAGGAGGAAAUGGAAUAUAGCCAAUCUGAAAACGCAAGAAACAAAGCAACAAUAUACAGAACAACUGGAACAGAAAUUGGGUCAGUACGAGCACAUAGAAAUAGAAGGAGAAUGGAAAAACAUAAAGAAGAGCAUAAUAGAGACAGCAGAACAAAUAAUAGGAUUCCAAAAAAACAAAGAAUCGAAAGAAUGGUUUGAUGAGGAAUGUCACCAAAAAAGUCAACUGAAGCACCUCGCAAGAAACAAAUGGCUACAAAGUGCCGAACAGGAACAACUGGACCAAUAUAGAAAACAAAAACAAGAAGCAUUGAAACUCUAUAGAAGAAAGAAGAACACAUGGAUCUCUGAACAAAUGCAAGAAUUAGAAACGAAUAAUAAAGACAACAAGAAAUUGUUCGAAUAGAUAAAGCAACAAU